UUAACAGUUGAGAACGGGAAGAACUUGUCGAAGGUUUAAAUACGUGGGUUCAGAAGUUACGUCUUUCUAACAUCGUUGUCCUCUUCUUUUCUGUCAUGGCACCUGUUCUCCACUCUAUUGCUCUUGUCCUCUCCUCACUCGAAGCGCUCUCGUCUCUGCAUGCUGGCCUCGACAGCAGUGUUAUUGAGCAAGUUCGCUCGAAUUUGAUUGCGAUCGCCUCUCAAAGUUGGGAGCUUGGCACGGCUGCUGAAGCUUUGACGGAACUCGACUGGCCUGCUCUUUCGGUUUUCAAUGCCAGUGCCUUUCCUCCACCACACGUUCUCGCCAGCGCAAAUAAUGCUUCCGACGUUCUAAAAAUUGCCAAUGACACUGUAUCUGCAAAACCUAACGAUUCCUUAGCCCUUGUAGCCAACGACGGAGCAGUGGGAGAUCCCGCAUCGAUUGGAGUUGCCGUUCUAUUAGCGAAUUGGACAGAUAGCUCAAAUACUUCCUACGCCAUCGCCGCUGGUGAACAAUUGGAUUAUCUUCUCAACGUUGCUCCUCGUACAGAUUCAGGCGCCAUAUCUCAUCGAAGCGACGAAGUUCAGCUUUGGGCUGAUUUUAUCUACAUGGCACCUCCAUUCAUUGCUUAUUAUGGCGCUUUACAAGCAGGCGACAAUGAGUCAUACCUCCUACAAACAGCCUAUGAGCAAAUAUCCCUAUACCGCGAUGUCCUGAGAGAUGACGAUGGCCUUUGGAGACACGUUGCGCUGGGUAGCUGGCAGGACACAACGUAUGUCUUCGAACCUGUCAGAGCAAUGAAUAUCUCUAAAAGCACCACAGUCACUGGGCAACUGGUAUCAAUCCCUGUGCAUUCCAUCAUAUACGCAGACACUCAUAACUUUAUAUCAGGCAAUGGUUGGGCUGCUGCUGGGAUGCUCAGAGUGCUUGAAACUUUGAAUCAUUCUUCUAUGACGACCGACUUCGCUGAUCAGACCGCCAACCUAACUCAAUGGAUACAAGAAAUUUUAUCUUCAUCUUGGCAAUACCAGCUGGAAAAUGGCACGCUUCUAAACACCAUCGACGACUCGAACUCCUUUGCAGAUUCAUCAGGAACAGCAUUGCUAGCCUCCGUCACGUACAGGAUGGCGGUUUACACAAACGACACUUCUUUGAUACCCAAUGCCGACAAAGCGUUCCAGCUUGUGGAAAGUAAUAUUGAUGGUGAUGGGUGGCUUAGAGACACUGUCGAUCCGGAGACGUUUGAUUCCCCCAGUGCUGCGGAUUCGGCAAGCCCAGAGGGUCAAGCAUUUGUCCUGUUACUCCAAGCUGCGUACAGUGAUUAUGCAGAAGCUGUUAUAUCUGGACAAGUCAUACCGUCAUCCAAUUCUUCAUCGUCUUCAGGCAGUGAGGGAAGUGGAGACGAUGAUGACGAUGGAAGUAUCCUUCGUCGUUGUCGACUGGUACGCUCCCAUUGAUAUUGUCAAUGUUCGAUGUACUAUAUGAUUUUAUGAACACACGAAAUGUACAUAUUACAGUCAUCUAUGGCUCCUUUAUACACUCAAAUUUUCUUAUGCUUCGGAA